CUUUGACGCUCGCACCUCUACUUUAGCUGCACACAGCAGUGACCUCGUGCACCACCACUUCCACGAAACACUUCGAAUACCGCAAUCAUGGCUGAAGGAAUGUUCUACAAUGCGACCAACGGCUACGUCGAGGGCAUCGUGCGUGGCUACCGGAGCGCACUGCUCACCGGCCAGAACUACGGCAACUUGACACAAUGCGAGAAUAUCGACGAUGUCAAACUACAACUCGGACCUGCGUACGGCGACUACCUCGCCUCCCUCCCACCAAACCCAUCCACAUCCGCUCUCGCCGAUAAAACGCUCGACAAGCUCGUCGCCGAGUUCCGCUACGUCCAGGCCCAGGCCACGGGGAGCCUCGCGAAGUUCAUGGAGUACCUGACAUAUGCCUACAUGAUUGACAACGUGGCGCUUCUCAUUACGGGCACUCUACACGAACGCGAUACGAAGGAACUGCUGGAGCGCUGUCAUCCUCUGGGCUGGUUUGAGACGAUGCCAGUGCUGUGCGUGGCCACGAACAUCGAAGAACUGUACAACUCAGUCUUGAUCGAAACUCCGCUGGCGCCUUACUUCAAAGGUAGCAUCAGCCACCAGGAUCUCGAUGAGCUGAACAUCGAGAUCAUUCGAAACACACUGUACAAGAACUACCUCGAAGACUUCUACAGAUUUGUGAACGAGGAGCCAGGGAUUAGUGGUACUCCCACGGCGGGAGUAAUGAGCGAAGUGCUGGAAUUCGAGGCGGACAGGAGAUCAAUAAACAUCACAAUCAACUCCUUCGGGACAGAACUUUCGAAGCAGGACAGAAAGAAGCUAUACCCUAACUUUGGCCGAUUGCAUCCAGAGGGCACUUUGAUGCUGAGCAGAGCGGACGAUGUGGAGGGCGUGCGGAUAGCAGUCGAUGGCGUCUCUGACUACCGAACCAUGCUGGAUCAGACGGGGAUGGGCGGCAACUCUCUGGGCAACCAGUCUGGCGGUAUUGGAGGCGAUGAGGGGAAGAGUCUGGAGGAUCUGUUCUACCAGAAGGAGAUGGAGAUCGCGAAGUUGGCCUUUACCUACCAAUUCACGCAUGCAGUCGUGUAUGCUUGGGUCAAGCUGAGGGAGCAGGAAAUCCGGAAUAUCACAUGGAUUUCGGAAUGCAUUGCGCAGAACCAGAAGGACAGGAUUAACAACUUUAUCAGUGUAUUUUGAGCAUAGCAGGAACAAGCUUUGGCGCUCGGGGUUCUGGUUCUGUAUAGUGCUGAGGAGGUACAUGAGCAUAGAAUGGUAGCAAUCAACAGAUGAAACCUGUAUCAGUAAAGGCGCUGCCUGAUCCGCUCAUGAUAUUCCCCACAGAGACGUCCAGAGGGUGGUGCACUCGCAGAG